AUGCAAGUGAUUGCAGGCAUGUGGACGCAGCUGGAGAAAAGUGUUAGCAAGCAACGCACAACAAGCAGAUGCGUUUGCUGUGCGUGGAGCUGUGAUGGUCAACUGUACGCUAUUGGAAUGUUUGAUGGCACCGUUUCCUUACGUUCUGCUGCGACCGGCGCGGAAGUAAAAAAAAUCGAACGCUCUUCUGGUGAACCGGUUUGGGCGGUGGCUUUUGGACCUGCGCGUAGUCCUGCUGAUGCAUUACGGCAGCGCAGUGGCAGCAAUUCACACGAGAAUUUUUUCGGUGAACUAUUGGCAGUAGCUGAUUGGGGACAAACAGCUGCUUUUUAUGAUUUGGAUGGAAAUCAGGUCCAUAACUAG